CGCGCACGCAGGCCCGGGAGCGCGGGACACACAGGGCACGCUGGGUCUGUGGGGCUGACGCUCCCAGCUGUGGGCCUCCCUGGCCCUGUCGCCCAGUCUCGCGAGAGUUGGGAGUAAACAGCCCCGAAUGGAGUGCCCAGGCGUGUUCGCCGCGGAGGCGCCGUUAUCCCGGGCCCGCCGGCCCUGAGCUCCAGGCGGCGCAGAUUGGCUCACAGUGGUUGAUUGAUCAACCCUGUUGGACGUUGGUUCUGUGGUACAAAUGGAGUAUAGGACUCAGUCAUCACGGCCUGAGUGAGAGAAGCCUUAUUUCCAAGAUGGAGAAGAAGCGGAGAAAGAAAUGAAAGCCUCGCUUCAGGCUGAACCACAAAAGGCCAUGGGAUUUAACUUUUAUUUACGUUGGACAAGACUGUAAGAUGGCUGAUCAGUAAUGUUGCAGCUUUUAGCCGAAACAAAAAUUUACUUCUAAUCAAGAAGAAAAAAGUGUGAUUUGAACGUAUGCAAUUUUAUGAUCAUAUUCGCUUAUGACCAUGAAGCUUGUCAACAUCUGGCUGCUUCUGCUAGUGGUUUUGCUCUGUGGGAAGAAACAUCUGGGCGACAGACUGGAAAAGAAAUCUUUUGAAAAGGCCCCAUGCCCUGGCUGUUCCCACCUGACUUUGAAGGUGGAAUUCUCAUCAACAGUUGUGGAAUAUGAAUAUAUUGUGGCUUUCAAUGGAUACUUUACAGCCAAAGCUAGAAAUUCAUUUAUUUCAAGUGCCCUGAAGAGCAGUGAAGUAGACAAUUGGAGAAUUAUACCUCGAAACAAUCCAUCCAGUGACUACCCUAGUGAUUUUGAGGUGAUUCAGAUAAAAGAAAAACAGAAAGCAGGGCUGCUGACACUGGAAGAUCAUCCAAACAUCAAACGGGUCACGCCCCAACGGAAAGUCUUCCGUUCCCUCAAGUAUGCAGAAUCUGACCCCACAGUACCCUGCAAUGAAACCCGAUGGAGCCAGAAGUGGCAGUCAUCCCGUCCCUUGCGAAGAGCCAGUCUGUCCCUGGGCUCUGGCUUCUGGCAUGCUACGGGAAGGCAUUCGAGUAGACGGCUGCUGAGAGCCAUCCCGCGCCAGGUUGCCCAGACACUCCAGGCAGACGUGCUCUGGCAGAUGGGAUAUACAGGUGCUAAUGUAAGAGUUGCUGUUUUUGACACUGGGCUGAGCGAGAAGCAUCCCCACUUCAAAAAUGUGAAGGAGAGAACCAACUGGACCAACGAGCGAACGCUGGACGAUGGGUUGGGCCAUGGCACAUUCGUGGCAGGUGUGAUAGCCAGCAUGAGGGAGUGCCAAGGAUUUGCUCCAGAUGCAGAGCUUCACAUUUUCAGGGUCUUUACCAAUAAUCAGGUAUCUUACACAUCUUGGUUUUUGGACGCCUUCAACUAUGCCAUCUUAAAGAAGAUUGACGUGUUAAACCUCAGCAUUGGCGGCCCGGACUUCAUGGAUCAUCCCUUUGUUGACAAGGUGUGGGAAUUAACAGCUAACAACGUAAUCAUGGUUUCUGCUAUUGGCAAUGACGGACCUCUUUAUGGCACUCUGAAUAACCCUGCUGAUCAAAUGGAUGUGAUUGGAGUAGGCGGCAUUGACUUUGAAGAUAACAUCGCCCGCUUUUCUUCAAGGGGAAUGACUACCUGGGAGCUACCAGGAGGCUACGGUCGCGUGAAACCUGACAUUGUCACCUAUGGUGCUGGCGUGCGGGGUUCCGGCGUGAAAGGGGGGUGCCGGGCCCUCUCAGGGACCAGUGUUGCUUCUCCAGUGGUUGCAGGUGCUGUCACCUUAUUAGUGAGCACAGUCCAGAAGCGUGAGCUGGUGAAUCCUGCCAGUAUGAAGCAGGCCCUGAUUGCAUCAGCCCGGAGACUCCCCGGGGUCAACAUGUUUGAGCAAGGCCACGGCAAGCUCGAUCUGCUCAGAGCCUAUCAGAUCCUCAACAGCUACAAGCCACAGGCAAGUUUGAGCCCCAGCUACAUAGAUCUGACUGAGUGUCCCUACAUGUGGCCCUACUGCUCCCAGCCCAUCUACUAUGGAGGAAUGCCGACAGUUGUUAAUGUCACCAUCCUCAACGGCAUGGGAGUCACAGGAAGAAUUGUAGAUAAGCCUGACUGGCAGCCCUAUUUGCCACAGAACGGAGACAACAUUGAAGUCGCCUUCUCCUACUCCUCGGUCUUAUGGCCUUGGUCAGGCUACCUGGCCAUCUCCAUUUCUGUGACCAAGAAAGCGGCUUCCUGGGAAGGCAUUGCUCAGGGCCAUGUCAUGAUCACUGUGGCUUCCCCAGCAGAGACAGAGUCAAAAAAUGGUGCAGAACAGACUUCAACAGUGAAGCUCCCCGUUAAAGUGAAGAUAAUUCCCACUCCGCCGCGAAGCAAGAGAGUGCUCUGGGAUCAGUACCACAACCUCCGCUAUCCGCCUGGCUAUUUCCCCAGGGAUAAUUUAAGGAUGAAGAAUGACCCUUUAGACUGGAAUGGUGAUCACAUCCACACCAAUUUCAGGGAUAUGUACCAGCAUCUGAGAAGCAUGGGCUACUUUGUGGAGGUCCUCGGGGCCCCCUUCACAUGUUUUGAUGCCAGUCAGUAUGGAACUUUGCUGAUGGUGGACAGUGAGGAGGAGUACUUUCCCGAAGAGAUCGCCAAGCUCCGGAGGGACGUGGACAAUGGCCUCUCACUAGUCAUCUUCAGUGACUGGUACAACACUUCCGUUAUGAGAAAAGUGAAGUUUUAUGAUGAAAACACAAGGCAAUGGUGGAUGCCGGAUACUGGAGGAGCUAACAUCCCAGCUCUGAAUGAGCUGCUGUCUGUGUGGAACAUGGGGUUCAGCGAUGGCCUGUAUGAAGGAGAAUUCACGCUGGCCAACCAUGACAUGUAUUAUGCAUCGGGGUGCAGCAUCGCGAAGUUUCCAGAAGAUGGCGUCGUGAUAACACAGACUUUCAAGGACCAAGGAUUGGAGGUUUUAAAGCAGGAAACAGCAGUUGUUGAAAAUGUCCCCAUUUUGGGACUUUAUCAGCUUCCAGCUGAGGGUGGAGGCCGGAUUGUACUGUAUGGGGACUCCAAUUGCUUGGAUGACAGUCACCGACAGAAGGACUGUUUUUGGCUUCUGGAUGCGCUCCUCCAGUACACAUCGUAUGGGGUGACACCUCCUAGCCUCAGUCACUCUGGGAACCGCCAGCGCCCUCCCAGUGGAGCAGGCUCAGCCACUCCAGAGAGGAUGGAAGGAAACCAUCUUCAUCGGUACUCCAAGGUUCUGGAGGCCCAUUUGGGAGACCCAAAACCUCGGCCUCUGCCAGCCUGUCCACAUUUGUCUUGGGCCAAGCCACAGCCUUUAAACGAGACAGCGCCCAGUAACCUUUGGAAACAUCAGAAGCUACUCUCCAUCGACCUGGACAAGGUGGUGUUACCCAACUUUCGAUCAAAUCGCCCUCAAGUGAGGCCCUUGUCCCCUGGGGAGAGCGGCGCCUGGGACAUUCCUGGAGGGAUCAUGCCUGGCCGCUACAACCAGGAGGUGGGCCAGACCAUUCCUGUCUUCGCCUUCCUGGGAGCCAUGGUGGUCCUGGCCUUCUUUGUGGUACAAAUCAACAAGGCCAAGAGCAGGCCGAAGCGGAGGAAGCCUAGGGUGAAGCGCCCGCAGCUCAUGCAGCAGGUUCACCCGCCAAAGACCCCUUCGGUGUGACCGGCAGCCUGGCUGACCGUGAGGGCCAGAGAGAGCCUUCACGGAUGGCGCUGGUGGGUGAGCUGAGCUGUGGUGGCGGUUUAAAAGGGAUCUAGUUUCCAGCUGCAGGUUUGUUAAGAGUCUGUUCUACAUGGGCCUGCCCUCCUGUGAUGGGCAGAGGCUCCUGGUACAUCGAGAAGAAUCCUGUGGGUCCCGUCCCGUCAGGAGGGACUCAGAGGCUCUGCCGCCAGUGAGACUUCCCACCGGGCAGCUACGCGCACCAAAGACUCGGGAGAACCUGGAAAGGCUGUCUGGGGUCUUCUGACUGGAGGGGAAAUAUGUACUUUCCAAACAAGUGAUACAACCCUGACCAAGCUAAAAUACGCUUGUUAAAGGCUAUUUUCUAUAUUUAUUGUUGGGAAAAGUCACUUUAAAGACUUGUGCUAUUUGGAAGCAAAACUAUUUUUUUUGUCAGUGGAAUGUGGUUUUUUUACUGUUCCAUCAUGAGGAACAACAUAGACUCCAUGAUCUUUUUAAUGAUAGGACAGACUGAGAUUUGAAGGAAACGUACACAAAUCUGUGAAACAUAGACCUUCGCUUUAUUUUUGUAAGUAUCACCUGCCACCAUGUUUUGUAAUUUGAGGUCUUGAUUUCACCAUUGUCGGUGAAGAAAAUUUUCAAUAAAUAUGUAUUACCCGUCUGAAGCUUAAA